AUGUCCACCGAAUCCCUCCCAAUCACGCCGGGAGCCUUUACAGAAGCAGUCAAAGAGCUCCCACUCGCUGUGCUUUACGCCAAAGUGUCGGAGCUUACCAAUUCAAUCACACAUCUGCACCGCUCCAACGCCGAGCUCCGCGCAUUCCUGCUAGAAAGCUGCGACUCAGAAGAAGACAAGAAAGAGCUGGAGACGUAUGUCAAGGAGAAUGAGAAUGUGGCAGUUUCCAUGAAUGAGCGGAUCUCGUUGCUCAAGACUGAAGUUGAGAACCGUGGACAGCCGUGGAUUGAACUUGAUCAGCUGAAGACUGAUCCCACGGCGCCGGUGACGAAUGGCAACGGCAGUGGCGAUGGCGCUUCCGGCGCUACUCAAGAUACACCUGAAGAUGAGGGUGGAGAAGAUGGAGUCUACCUGUGA